AUGACAAGAUCAGCUAUUAAUCUUUAUCAAGUUGAUUGCUAGAACUCUUCAAUUUUAUUAGAUGAUUAAGAAUACAAUAUUAGACCAACCAUAGAUUCAUUUUAGGCAUUGACACUUAAAUUAAUAGAUAAACCAAUAAUAGAUUUAGGAGAAUUAUAUUAAAAUAAUACUUUCUCUGAUCAUACAACUACCAAUAAAUCUAUGAUUAGAAGAUUCUCUCAUAAAAAGAAAAUAGAAGUUCAAGUUGUAAAUUUGAAAGAAUAAAAACCUAUUGAAUAAAAAUAAUAAGAUCACUAAGAAGUUUAUAAAAAAUAGAUGAAUACUAAUAAUAUUAAUAGACAUUCAUUAAUUAUGAAAUAAUAAAUAAGAGAUUUAACAAGUAAAAUAAUCUAAAAUAAAUAGAACAUAUGUUCAUUGAUAAUUUUGAUGCAAAUGAAUAUAGAAAGAAAAUUUAAUAAUAGGCAGAGAAUUUAGAAAAAGAAAUGAAAUAAUGUGAUAGAUCAUUUCAGAUCAAAAAAGUAUCUGAAAAAUCUAUAGAUAAUAGUAAUAAUUUGAAUUAAACUGUUAAACCAACAACAGCUCCUUAAGGUUAAAGAAGAACAUAAUAUAUUAUAAAUAAAAAAAUGAUAGAUUUAAAUAUCACUUUACCAUAAUUUAAAAGAUAAUUAACUCCAGUAGAUCACAAACGAACUUCUAAAGUUCGAAAUGUUUCUAUGGCUUGA